AUGAUCAUUUCAGAACGAAUUCCCAUGACAAACGGCGAGGUGUUCGCACUACUGCGACGACGACGCGACGAACGCAACGCGAAGAUACAACCGCCGUUUGGAAUGCAGUUCGUGGGCGGCAGUAACAUGCCGCAGCAACAGCAGCAACGAAUGCCAGCCUCAACAGCCACGAAUGCAACGGCGCACACGACUAUUUUUUUUCCACCAGACCCACUCGUAGCUGAUGCGGCGUUUUCGGGUCUGCAUGGAAGUAGACCUGCGACUUCCCGUGUUAAAGCGAAUACCAGCGCUCUCUUCUUCUCUCCGGCGUCCUCGCACCUAAUGGUACUGUUGACAGAGGUGCGUGCUCUACGCUACCUUAGCCGCUACGCCACUAUCAGUGGAAGCAACGGAGUGCAUGCACUUUACGGUCCCACUAGUGUUCACACCCGGCGUGGCCGGUACUUUCCUGUCUCGGGUUCUAAUGAACAGACGCGAGGUUCACAGCAACGGAAUGCAUUGAAUGGGUACGAUGCCCCGUUGUUGCAUGCAGAAGAGGGCUUAAGCGAAACAGCUGCUGCUAAUGAAGCGCAAGAACAUGUGCUGACGCAGCAGGUGUGGAGCCAUCGCCCCGGCACUGUGGGUCACGUGCGUGCGGUGGAAUCCCUUCUCGGUUUUUGGGAAACCAAAGGACGGGAGAUGGAACGCCAGAGCUCAACAGCAGUGAAGGCGGUGUUGCGUGCCGUGAGACGGAGGUUAAGUGAUUCCAUGCGGGGAAACGAGGACAACCCCAUCGCACAUAAUAAUACCAAUUACAACAAUAACACUGAUAAGGAACACGAGUUGCAGCAUCCUUCCUUAGAGCAGCCACGUCUGUUGUUUGCCCCGCCUUCUCUGCCGCUUGCAUUAUUUCUUGCGGAGCAAUCGCCCGUGAGCACGGGUGCUCUCACGUCUGCAGAACAUUGCCAGUGGACGGAGCAGGAUGUCAUUAAGCUUGUCAUGGCGCGGCCACAAGACAGCCUUGACGUGCACCGCCUCAUGGAUGAUGUUGAAGAGCUUGUCGGCCAGAAUGAGGAGUUGUUGAACUUUCUCGAGGAGGAACUUGUAAAGGUGUUCCUGUAG